AUGAGUGAUCUCGGGCUACUCUCGUACUAUCUUGGUAUCAAGGUGGACCAGAAGAAAGAUAGCAUCGAGGUGAAGCAGGAAGUUUAUCCGAAGAAGGUGUUAAAACAGUUUGUAAUGGAGGAUUGUAACUCGAGCAAGUAUCCUAUGGAAGCAAAGUUGCAUCUCGAAAAGGAUGUGGAAGGAAGCUUAGUGGAUCCGAAGGAGUAUAGGCGUAUCAUCAGGUGUCUCAGGUACUUGACGCACACUCGACCUAAUAUCUCUUAUGUAGUUGGCAUAGUGGGUCGAUACAUGGAGAAGUCUACCACUCUACACCAACAGGAAGUAAAACAUAUUCUUCGUUACGUGAAGGGAACGACGAGUUAUGGGAUUCAGUUAAGAAGAGAACAAGAAGUUGAAGAACUCGUUUGUUUUAUUGACAGCAACCUAACUAGUGACUAA